AAGUAGUUAUAAAUUAAGAUUAAGUAACUGACCUUGCAAGAUGUCUGACGACGAAGUAAUACGUUUCGAAAUAACUGAUUAUGAUCUGGACAAUGAAUUCAAUCCGAAUAGACAGAGAAAAGCUAAAAAAGAGCAUCAAAUUUAUGGUGUUUGGGCAAAGGACAGUGAUGAAGAAGACAAUGAAGACAAUAUAAGGCAAAGGUCUCGUAAACAAAAAGAUUUUACAGCACCUAUUGGGUUUGUGGCUGGUGGGGUACAGCAAGCAGGAAAAAAGAAAGAUCCAAAUAAAGAAUUAGAAUCUAAAGAAGCAUCAACAUCCAGACCAUUGAUAGUUGAUAGUUCUGAUGAAGAAGCAAAUGAUGAACCAUUACCUACUGACACUGCUGGAAUAAGAAGACAAGGUCAAGGACUGAAACCAGCCAACCUUGGUGGCAGUGUUGGAGCAUGGGAAAAACAUACUAAGGGCAUUGGUGCUAAACUACUCCUACAGAUGGGUUAUCAACCGGGUAAAGGUCUUGGUAAAGAACUUCAAGGUAUUUCUGCACCAGUGGAGGCGACUGUAAGGAAAGGGCGCGGUGCUAUUGGAGCUUAUGGACCUGAAAAAUCAACUCAAAAAGCUAAAAAAGAAGAGGAAAAACGGCUUAAAGAGAAAGAAGAUCAAGAGAAGGGGACCUCAGAGAAGAAUUACAACUGGAAGAAGUCGCACAAGGGACGUUACUUCUACAGAGAUUCAGCAGAUGUGAUACAAGAGGGUAAACCUACGAUGCAUACUAUUGGCAGUAGCGAGCUGGCUCGUGUACCAGUGAUAGAUAUGACGGGUAAGCAGAAGCGUGUACUGAGUGGAUACCACGCGCUGGCGGCCGCCGCACCUCGCUACGAGCAUGAGCCACGCCGUCAGCUGAGACACUUUGCCGCUCCCCAGCUCACACACAACUUACAGCUCGUCGUUGAUAGCUGCGAACAGGACAUCAUCCAAAAUGCUCGUGAACUUCAAGCGGCAGAAGAUGAAAUAGUAGUACUAGAAAGAGACUUGGAAGAUUGCAACAUAAAGUUACAAGAGCAGGAUGUGGUGAUAGAAAAAGUGCAAGCCAUCACUCACAGGAUAGAAGAGUUGAACAAACCUGAUCUAUCUCUGGAGAAAUGUUAUGAAGUUUUAGAAGAUUUGAUGGAAUCAUUUCCUUUGGAAUACGAAAUGUUCGGUUUGGGUACAAUAGGUGGGACUAUAGUGAGUCCAUUGAUCAGUGCACUGCUGGCUCAGUGGGAGCCGCUGCAGUGUCCUGACGAGCCUGUACCAGCGUUCCUCAAGUGGAAGAAGUUGUUAACAGAACCAGCGUACAACAGUCUGCUCUGGCAACACUUUAUACCAAGGAUUACGUCUGCAGCUGAGGUGUGGAACCCCCGAAGACCGGAGCCGAUGUUGGCGGUGUUCGAGCGGUGGGCAGCGGCGUGCCCCGAGUGGAUCCUGCAGACGUGUGCAGCUCGCAGUGUGGUGCCGCGCCUGCUGGCCGCUGUGCGAGCCUGGGACCCCACAGGGGACACCCAGCCGCUGCACCACUGGGUCCUACCUUGGCAUCAGCUAGCCGGUAGUGAGUUGAACACGAGCACAUAUCCUCUGAUCCGGUCUCGUCUGGCGGCUGCGCUGUCAGCAUGGCAUCCAGCUGAUGGGUCUGCCCGAGAGCUGCUGUCAGCAUGGCGCGGCGCCUGGGGCCCGGCGCUUCGCCCCCUGCUGCAGCAUCACGUGCUGCCCAAACUGGAACACUGUCUGCAGCAUGCACCCAUUGAACUGGUCGGCAGAGAGAAUACCGCGUGGUCGUGGUGCGUGCAGUGGGUGGAGGUGGCGGGUGCGGGGGGCGUGGCGGCGCUGGCUGCACGCGCGCUGUUGCCGCGCUGGCUGGCCGCGCUCGCCGCGUGGCUCAACACUGCGCCGCCGCACGCCACUGUACUCAACUCUUACACCAACUUCAAGAAAAUGUUCCCCGAAGAGGUUUUAAAAGAGCCAGCUGUUCGUGACGCUUUCCGUAAAGCGUUAGAUAUGAUGAACAGAAGUACUGACAUUGACACCGUGGAGCCUCCCCCUCCUCCUCGCUUUACCCUUCCUGAUACCAAAGAAGUGUCAAAGAUCAACGAGAUAUUAGCCGUUACCAACCCACAUAAGAGUUUCUCUGAACUUCUAGAAACUAGGUGUAUAGAAAAGGGGAUAACUUUUGUACCCAUACCGGGGAAGACCAGAGAAGGAAGACCAUUGUACAAGAUUGGAGCGAUGCAAUGUUAUGUUAUAAGAAAUGUUAUUAUGUACUCGGAAGAUGGUGGCAGAUCUUUUGGACCGAUUGGUAUGGACAGAUUAUUGAAUAUGGUUGAAGAAUAAAUAUGUAAAUUAUUAAUUGUAAACUAUUUUAUUGAUUAAAUUAAUAA